UAAACUAUGGCUAGCAACUCUAGGGUAUACGGCAAGAAGGGCCGUGGCCAGCGAACGAGCUCAAUUCAUCCAUUGGUAAAUGUCCAGGCUGCGAACGACGAAGACAUGACGGAUUGUGACUCUGAAAACACAUUCAGACCAGAAGCGAGUUCUCCAAUCGAUGAAGAAUUUGACUCCAUAGCAUUGGGGCGAACCGAAUUGUUACAUCUAGGAAACACGAGCACUGUCUACCUGAAAUCAGUGGCUCUCCCCAUUGAUCCAGACUUCCAGAUGCAGGCCAAAGCUCAAGCAAGAAGGUCUAGGUACGAUUAUGGUGCCAAACUUGAAUUGAAAUAUUCCUGUGUUGCUGCAGCCGCGUUCCAAGAGGAGGAGUUUGACAAACAUUCAGUAGUGGACAUUGGAGAAGGGCUUUACAGAUUGUCCGCUAUUAUGGCAUCCAUCCCUCUCGAGGUCCUCCGCUUGAUCGUCAACGGCAAUCUAUGCAAGGCUAUCCACGACGGAAAUUCCAAGGUAGCAGAAUACUAUUCGGAAGAUGCAGCGUGGCAGCAGAACGUGAACGGCAAGAAUAGAUCGGCAGCGAUAUACAUCCGCCAUCUUGUCGACAAGGAACACAAUGCACCCACGCCACAGCAGUGCCGAAAGGUUAAUCGACGCCUGCGAUCGUAUAUUUCGGGCGACCGUCAAUAUUUCCAUGAUGCUGUUGCUUUGGACAAUGCUAGGAACUACCGAUCAAGCAUCGAAGACAUACAGAAUGGUCGCCACCAUCAUCUACAAGGACUCAUCAAGCGUGCACAGCAGAUUAUCACCUUCUGCGCCGCGUUGGAAACGCGUCUCAGCGAACUAGGCCCAGAUCUGGACAACGUUGCUCUCGAAAAGCCACUGAAAUAUGUUGGUUACAGCAUCAACGUUACAGCGCGAGGAGCUCAGCAUGACAAAGGAGACACUAGCUGGUUCCAACAGAUGGCGCUCGAUGCUUUUCGCCUUGAAGCGCCCAACGCGGGAUUCAGGUUUGAAGGACACACAGUCUGCUUCAUGGCCCAUCCGCAUGAAGUCUCAAUUGCUGAGUCAUUGAUUGGCAUCAUCACGAACAGCAUGAUCGAGACAGGCGGUGGCUUUGGUGUCUUUCAAGGUGGAGUACAGACGACCAGCGCUCGAUUGCCUGGUCUGGACGACACUGCACGUGCCGUUUUCUGGAAACAAUGCAAUCACUGGCGUAUCGAGAACACCCCAUACCACGACAAUUUGAACUUUGACUACAAGCGACUAAUGGCGCUUCAGAAGGAUGAGGACUCCAUGCUUCAAUCAUGCUCCCGAUUAGAGGAACUAAAGAAGACUCACGAUGAGCAGUGUAAGCAAAUUGAAGCUGGCAAAGCUCGGGAGUUCAAGAACAAGGAGCAAGACAGAGCCUUGAUUGCAGAUACUCGGGAGGACCUCAAUAAGCUUGAACAGGAGAUGACCAGUGAGUUCAAGGAGGCAGGAUUAUUAGAUGUUAUACAGGAUCUGCGUGAGGAUAUGGAUGCUGCUGAGAAGCAGCUCGAUGAAGCCCACGAAAGCGCCUAG